UCCACAGGAACAGUGAAUUCAUUGAAGUCACUGCAGAUUCACGUGCCAACAGCAGUGCUAACAGGCUAUGACGCAGAACUAAUGUGUACUUACGAACUGGAAGGUGCACAAUUGUAUUCUAUAAGAUGGUAUAGAAAUAUGAUUGAAUUUUAUAGAUACGUUCCCAAAGAGUCGCCUGCGACUAAAGUAUUUCCAGUAGCUGAAAUUAAGGUUGAUGUAGCAGCUUCAGACCAGAACAGGGUGGUACUAACGGAAGUAGACCGUACAUUGACAGGAGAGUAUCAGUGUGAGGUGUCAGCAGACGCGCCUCUCUUCCAUACAGACAUCAAAGCAGCUAUGAUGGUAGUAGUCGAACCGCCUCUAACAAGUCCAAAUGUGACGUCAGAUCGUAUCUCGUACAUCGGCGGUGACCACAUAAGGGCAAACUGCUCAUCACCGCCGUCACUACCCGCUGCCAACAUCACGUGGUACGUCAACGAACAAAUGGUUCCCGGUUUCACAGCCAACCACGUGCUCAACUAUAGCAAUGGCUACGCAUCCAGUUUAGCGACGCUGGAGUUGGAAGCCGCCGUACAUUCCCCAGUGCCUACACUCAUGAUACGAUGUGAAGCGUCAAUUUUUGACGUUUGGAGAUCGACAAGUCAUACGAUAGUGUUACGGGAGAGAAGUGCUAACCCUGCUUCAGCUUUAGGCAGAAGUUUUACAGGUGCAGCAACAGAGACGUGCCUCCCAACAAUAAUGGUACUACUACUCCAAUUCUUCCUCCAACUCCUACAGAGAUACAGUGGAACGUCAAUAAGAUAG